AUGGCCGAUGUGCGCCCGCGUGCUUCGGAGCACGGCCGUCAAGCGGUUAUCACAGUUUGGUGUCGAACGACGUUCAACGACUUUGCGAAUGGCGAGCAAAACAGCGCACAGCGUGCACCAGAUAUCACCAGCCAGCUCGGUGGAACGCCGGGUCGAACGCUGAGAAAGUCGCGUUCAGGCGAGCAAAGGUUCUCGCUGGAUGAUUUUGAAGAGCAUACCGAGAUGGAGGAUCUGAGGGAGCACGAAGAUACUGGUGAUGACAGCCCUGGGACGCUCCCUGAUGCGGUAUACAACGCGCAACUUUCCUGGUGGCGUUCAGCAACUCGCCGCGCGCUCAAGAGGUCGCUCAAGCACGAGUCACGAAUCCUAGGCAAGAUUCAAAGAGCCGUGCGCACGAGAUUCCUUGACUCGUACUUCCUCUACUCUUCGGCACUCGGAAGUCAUACUUUCUUCAUGUCAGCUCUCCCAGCAUUAUUCUACUUUGGCUACGGCGAGACCGGCAGAGGUCUGCUGCAGAUCAUGUGUAUUGGAGUCUAUGUCUCCAGUUUUAUGAAGGACUGUUUCUGCUCUCCUCGGCCUUUUGUACCCCUCGUCUCACGAUUAACCAUCGGAACGCAUCACCUGGAAUACGGAUUCCCGUCCACACAUUCAACAAACUCAGUCUCCUUUGCAGUAUACCUCUAUCUUCUACUGCGUACAGACGCAGCUAAUGCCGGAUCGACUUUUGCCUCGCCGCUCCCAUAUGCUCUCGCAGUGGCUGGGAUCCUCUGGUAUGCCGCCAGUAUCGUUCUCGGACGACUGUAUUGCGUUGGCACAGCACUCGGUGCGGUCAUAGGAGGCAUACAAGGAGUGUACGGACCUGUGAUCGAAGAUACGGUUGCCAAUUCCAACUGGAUCCUCCCAGUGGCUGCUGCACUACUUUGCUUGCUGUUGACAAACCAACAUCCCCAGCCCGUUGACGAUUGUCCGUGUUUCGAGGACGCUAUCGCUGCACUCGCACUUCUUACGGGGACGGUCAUGUCACGAUGGCAUGCUGCGCAGUACGGCUGGGACGUGCCGUCUGGGUUUUACGUCUCACGUACGCCAGGGUGGGAGAACAUUACGUGGAUGGAUACGAUUACCUGGUGGCUCUUCGCUAUACUCAAGAUGGUCUCCGGAGUAUCUGCCAUCUUUGCAUGGCGAUUGAUGGUCAAGCAAAUCAUGCAUACCGUGCUCCCACCAGUCUUCCGAUGGAUGAGUGGUCUGGUCGGAAAUAUUGGAUUACAACUCCCGAACCGAAGGUGGUAUACGCCCGCGACAGAGUACGAGAGUGUCCCCCGGGAGGGACUGCAUCCGAUCCCCAGCGCGAUGAACUUGCCGGCGGAGCUUAGUCAACAGGCUGGCUUUGGUGUCUUUGGGGACGAGAGGGACGCAAAGACGACUGGACGCCUCCCACAUGCUCACCUGUACAAUGGAGUGGAGAGAAACGUCAAGUGGAGGAAAGGAAACGGGACGGAAAAGCAUUCGACUCACGAGCUUGUGGAUUCCAAGGGUGAAAAACUCGAGAUGUACGACGACGACGACGAUACCGAGAGCGAAAGAGACGACGAUAUCAAGCACUACGAUGCGGAUGUAUUGACCAAGGUUAUCGUGUAUUCUGGGAUAGGGGUCAUUGCGACCUAUCUUACUCCGCUUACUUUUGAAAUUUUGGGCUGGGGAGUACAGCCAGUUGUGUGA